AUGCUUAACAUCCAACUGCCUGCGCAUUCUUCACUCAAGAGCGAUAGCGGCUCGCCAUCGUCGCCUUCAAGUGGUGCUCAAGCUCAAGGCGAGCAAGACUUGAGUCCGUUCUUGGAGAUCGGGUCCCCAUUUGGGUUCAAACACGACAUGCACAUUCACUACAACUUCCAAGAAGCUCGUUUCGAGGGCAUUCCCGACAACUUUGCCGACUUUUUCAUGCGCAAAACGUCCGAGCGAAGUCGGGCAGAAACCAUCUCGGCCUUAGACGCCUCGGUAGCUCUUGAUUUCAGAAGCACGUACUUGGCGAAACAGCGGCGAUCCCGCACGAGUUCAGCUCCUUCCGGGAGUUUUAGCUUGUCCAGCAUGAUGAGUGGUAGUAGUAAUAGUAGCAGUAGCAGUAGCAGUACUGGUCCACACGAGGCUGAAAACCGUGCAGACCCCGUGCGGAUCCUCAACCAGCACUUUAAACUGCCCUUUCGACAAGUGCCACGGGUCGCUGUCCCGGGGUAUGACGACCGCAUUCCUGCUGUCUUGGUCAUGCUGCAACAGCACUUUGUUGCCAAAGAAGGCUACCUCACACCUCAUAUAUUUCGAGAGUCACCGAGUAAGGCCGAACGGGAUCAAGCUAUGGUCGAUAUCAACUGCGGAGCUUUUCGAGGCGCAACUCAUGACGUCAGGGUCGUCGCGGAUUUGAUCAAGCUCUGGUUUCGGGAACUCCCGGUCCCAAUUUUGCAUGAAAUCCCGUCGAGGGACAUGGAACGGCUCGCGUCUACUGGAAAUGUCUACGAGGAACUGCUCAGUGUUUUGGGGAACCUCGAACGCUGCAUUGUGCUCUGGCUCGCUGACCUCCUGUCUUUUGUCGCCGAGUACCAACCACACAACCACAUGGGCGUGGACCAACUUGCUAUUGUCAUUGCACCAAAUCUCGUCCGACUCGAGACGGCAAACCCGAUGGUGGCUGUGGCUCUCUCGAAGGCUGUUGUCGACCUCUUUCGAGGUGUUCUACGCGCACGGUUUCAGCUCCGACAGGAAAUGAAGGCAGCUGGAGGGGUUUGA